UUCUAAGCCUCCAAUGGAAUUGCCAAAGUGAGAUUACCAAAAAGAGUGAAGUACAGUUGCCUUUAUGAUAAAGGCAAGACCAGAGGGAUGUAUCCCAGAGGAUAUCUUUGUGUGAGCCAAGUGAUGUGUAACUAGGUUUACGGAAGAGGAGAGUUCAAGAGUGCCUGAAAGUGGGGAGGUGCUUGAGUGCUUGGAGUUUGUUGAGCAUCAUCUUAAUAAAAUUAAUCAUUUCAGAGAGUGGCACAAACUUGACCAGAAGUGUAAUAUUCAAUGGACUAAAUUUCUGCCUGACCUCAAGAUCUAUGAACUAAGCCAUAUGCAACUCAAGAAAGAUCUAGCCUUAGCAAAGACUACUAAUGAUUGGGCACAUUUGCCUUAUCUGCUAAUAGAGGCCAAAGAGCUUGUGAAUUCGGUCAAAACCUCUAAGAUCUUCAAUGAAUACUGCAAGGAAUUGAGCUUUAGAGAGUUUAGAGAUGAUAAAUUUGAUGCCAACAAGAUGCACUAUGCUUCCAAGAUUUGGACCAAUAAGCAGCUGAUGAAGCUCAGAAAUCACUUAACCACAACAGAGUAUGGCAGGGUCAUUAUUAAGAUUGGAGAAAUGCAAGAGAUUUGUAAAAAGCAUGAGAGAAUAAUAUAAAAGAACAAGAAAGAGAAAUAAUAAAGAAAGAUCAAGAAAUUGAUCAAAAAGAUGCCAGAAUUGAAUUUAGUGAUCAAGAAAUUCUCAAAUUAAGAGGAGAAAUCCAAAAUGAAGAACAAAAAGCUAAACAGCUAAUGAAGGAGUUAAGCGAAAAAGAUGAAUUUAUUCUUGCACAUAGAAAUGAGGUUUAUUCCUUGACCCAUAGAAAUAUUGAACUUCAAGAAGAGAUAGAGAAGAUCUAUAAGGAUAUAGAAGCACUGAAGAAAACUUUAGAGCAAAAGGAGAGAGUUGUAAAAGGCUUACAAAAUUAUAAGAGAAAAGAAGCUAUCAAGGAACUGGGCUGUCAAUCAGAUCGAGCAAUGUUUGCAGAGAAAUCUAAGCAUAUGAAUGGGUCAGGAGGUAUCAGAGGAAUUAUGAAGAGAAAAAUAGAGGCAAUAAGGGAAACGUUAGAGCUUGAUUUUUGAUUUUCAUAUAAAUAUCAUAGAAAAUUUCUCAAGGAAGUAAAGCAUCAUAAAAUAACGUCUCUCGAAUCCUUAAGCUUUGAUCGUCCUGAUUUGCUAGAAGAGCCUGAAACGCUUAAUCAAUUUCUUUCGGACUUAAUUUGAGAGAACACAAAUUAUUGAAAAACUUCCUUCAUUAAAAAUUCAAAUUCUCUUAUGAAGAAAAACAUCCACUGCCUUUGACUCAUUAUAUAACCCCUAUUAUCAAGACGCUUCCCUGAGUCACUCAAGAAGUCUGCUUUAGUGGUACUAAAGUGAGCAAGACACAAUUGGAGGGACUCUUUGUUGCUUCCAAAAAUGCCAAGAAAAUAUCAUUUAUCAACUGUAAAAUUGAGCCUGGCAAUGAAUGCGGUUUCGGAGAAAAACUUGAAGGAGCUACCUUUGAAACCCUUGAUUUUUAUGGAACUGGCAAAGGAUACUAUAGCAACUGGUCCUAAGAUAACUUUAUAAAAUUCAAAAACAUACUAAAAGGCCUCUCCAAAACCCCCAGUGUCACAGAAAGAGACAUCACUAUCUGCCUUACAUUCUGUGACAUGACUAGGGCUGAAGCUGAACAGAUUUUGAAGGAGUGUGGAAUGGCUAAUAUGAAGGCACAGAUUGAAGUUAAUUAUUUCUUUAGGUAAAUA